UUAGCCGAACGAAGUUGAAAAUACAACAAAAUGUAUUUCUAGGACGAGGCCUAAGACGCAUGAUCAAUUUUCUGUCUGUCCCUAUCUUUUGUAAAGAUUUCCCACGGUCAGCGAACGACUAUCGAUUUAAAAUAAAUGGGACAAAAGUCCUAAGGCUCUAAAAAUGUGGACUUAGUGCUGUGUUUUACGCUUUGUGUGUGUAAAAAAUGUUCAGCAAAGCGGUGUUGUGUUUGUCGACCUUAUACUUUCAUAGUGUAGCAGCCCAGGGUGAGUGUACUGACUUAAGAGGCAGGCUUAUAGCCAACGGCCUCCACUAUGUCCCCGGGCCGGAUACGUGCACCCUAUGCGUGUGUGACAAUGGUGUACCGAAAGUGUGCAAGGCGGUACUGUGCUCGCCUCCUCAGGAUUGCCGAUCAUUUCGUGUGGGAACCACAUGCUGUGAGUUCAUUUGUCUGGACGAUGUAGUGAAGCCUGCAGAGGGCACUGAAGCAAAUGUGAGGGUUGCAGCCGGAGGUGCAGCCGCUGUGGUACUCUUGACUGUGGCUUUUGUGGUGUAUAGAGUGAGGAAGCAGAAGAGACGUAGACCACCACACACUGAAGAUCAACGGAGUUUGACUAGCAUUGGGUACAUCAGCGGCAGCAUGGGGUACAUGGGCGGCGGCUGCGAGGCGACGGUACUGGGCGCGUGGAAGCCUCCCUCCAACUACCUGCCGCGGGGCGAAGCUCCCCCACCGUACGAGGAGGCCAUGGCCCAGUGCCGCCAGGAGCCCGUCAGGUUAGUUAUAGUGAGCAACGAGGCGUCGUUCCACCGCACGUACGCGGCGGCCGUGGAGGCGCGCGACGACGUGUGCGCGUCGCACGCGUACGUCAACUUGCCGCGCCCGCUCACUCAGAUAGCGAACACUCAGAACUGCUACAACGCGCCGCUUCUGCAGCCCGUGCACCCGGCCGAGGUGCGCGAGGCGGGCGUCCUCGCACAUCCCUUGGCUCCGAACAUGGGCGCUGUCGGGCCAGCAGGCGGCGGCGCUCGCCUCACGGGCUCGCUGGGCGCCAUCAGCGCGCGCCUCAGCGUGCCGCGCGACGACCACGAGCGCCCGCACAACGUGCCCGGCUUCUACGCCACGCACACGGCGCUGCACAGAACGAUCCCGCGCAUCUCCACCGCGGUGGACACGUCCACGCUGGAGGCCAUGGGGCUGGGCUUCACGCGCGCCGACCGCUCGCUGCAGGGCGAGGUGCGGCGCUCCUUCCACCGGCCCGUGGAGCGCGCCGACCGCAUCGACCGCGCCAGCACCGGACGCAGCGUGCCGCGCAACCUCAACAUCGCGUCCACCGCGUCCGUCGCGCCCGCGGACGCGCACCGCCCGGACGCGCACGCGGACGACGCGAUAUCUCUGCGCUCGAUGUCGGGGCGCGCGCGAGUUCACAGCGACGAACAGGACGUGAAGCCCAAGCCGCAGCCCGACCACCCCACUCUACCGCUCACCGUUGACAAGCCAUCUUGCGUGUGCAGUUACGAAGGCAGCGCGCGCGCCGAGGACGCCGACGACUAUCGCAACGAGUGCGAGAACUGCCACUCCACCAACAAUCCUUCAGGGUUGUUCCAGUUGGGAGGAGUCUGCCGACGGCACGGAGUGGGGCGGCACGCAGACGCUGCAGCGGCGCGCGCCCCCGCCGCCCGCGCCGCCGCCCGCCACCGCCACGCUGCCGCAGCCGGUCACGAGGCACGGACGUAACACAAUGGACAACCCAUCGAACUGGGAGAAUUGGUUCAACACCAUCCCGGACUCGGACACAGAAUCUGAGGAGGAAUGAGACGAAACCACCCUGUUAUAAUUUAAUAAAAUCACAAAUACCACACACUAGUAAUGUCCACCCUUGUGCACUUUCGUCUUCAUUUGAAGUUUUCAAUCAAAACUACAAACGGGUAGCACAAACAACCAUAUUUAUGAACAUUAAGAUUUAAAACUCAAUUCUCUUCAAAGUAAAGUGGACCUAAUCACUACUAGUUAAAGUUCACUUUACUUUGAAGACAAUAGAGAUUUAAAUCCUAUGUUGAGGUUUAUAAAUAUAGCUGUAUGUGCCUACACGGCGGUUUGACAAACGGCUAAAAGAAGAUAAGUUCGUCCGAAUUACACCAUCAUCGGAUUAGCGAGGCUCUACUGUAUGUAAUAUUAAAAAAUCGAAAAUGAGUUUCAUAGUUACCCUUUCAAGCUGCAAUUACUCAAUCUAUUUUGUAUGUAUAUAAGACUACAAAUUAAAAAAAAUGAGUAUUUUACUUAUAUACAGCAAAAUAUAUACAUUACGUUUCUUCCACUGCACAUAAAGAAGGUAGUUAUUUUUUGUUAAUAUUUUGUACAGUAUUACCAAAAACCGAAUUUACUAGUCAAUAAUGUAAACUCACCUUUUAAUUCAAACUGAUUUUAUCACCAAAUAAUUUAGAUUUUAGUAAAUUACUAAAUAAUGUUACAUUUGCAUCUUCGGAAUAACUAAUAGUUGGUUUCCGAGUAUGGCGAAUAAAAAUUAACUUUAUCUCAAACUGAAGUACUUGUAUUGUAAUCAAUUUAUUCCGGCAAGUCUAUUUGGGUUUCAGUUUAUCCAUCUUUUACUGUAUUGUUGUAUGUUAUUGUUUAAUUUAGUAAAUAAAUAAAUAAAAUAACAGACCAAGGUGUUUGUGUGUUAUAGACAUUGGUUCGUUUCGUUAAAGAACGUUUCUUCAGUUUUACAUACCAACACACUGUCUAUCAACUGUCAAACGCUUGUUCGUAAACCUACAUAAAAGUUUAAACAGACUUCCUAAAGUAGACAAACCAUAUCUAUGUUCAAUGAGAUGAAUCAGUGCACAAGUGUGGAUAUACCAUAUUUUGACUGAUGAAUGAAUGUAAUCUGAAUUGAAUGUGUUUCUGUCAUUUUACAUUACAAAACUCUAAGCGUUGAUGUACUCGUAUAACUAUAUAGAUAGACAAUUGUAGUUAAAAAUCCACUUGUUCUACUUAAUUAUUUUUUACUCUCUUCUUAUUGUCUAAACUGAAAGUAUUUUACUAUUAUGUUAUGUUUACAUAUUUGUGUGGAUUUUUAUUAUAAAACGAUUUAUCUAUAUAUUGAUACGUCUAAGCCAAGGUUACGAAAGUGCUUUUGGAAAUGUAAUACUUUAUCAAAAUUAUAAAUAAUUGUUGUAUUCUUGAAAAUUUGUACACAUUUAUGUGGUAAAGUCAAAACGAAAGCGCUCAAAAAUUUAAUGGUGUGUGUGUGUAAAAUGUAUAGAAAUAAUACUCGGAAAAUUGUAUGUUCAUUUGUAGUUAUUUGUUUCUGUAUCAAACGAACAAUCUUUCGUUAUUUUCAGUCAGAUUAUUUCGCAAAAAAUUGCAAUAUUUAUUGAGCGUCUCGAAACUUCGAAGCUGAUUAGAAGGGUGGCUAAAAUACUAAUUAAACCUAACUGCCUAUUAUUUCAAAUGUUAUUCUCCAAGUAACCAACACCUUAAGAGCCUUUUUACUGUAGCAUUCUCUAUCAUAAAGUCUACCGUAGAAUCCACGACUAUGCAGCGUGUUAAAAACUAAACUUGCGUUACGUAUAUGCGUAAAACACUUAAUUGUCAUUUACUCAAUGUUAUUGACGAUUGUUUAAGGAAUUACGCACGCGAUUAACAGCUGCGAACAUUAAUCGUAAUUUCAGCAACUCCGCGACUGUUAAAUUUACCAUCAGCAUUUAUGCAACGUCGCACUCAUCAGCAUAUCGUGGAUCAGCUUAUACGCAACGUUGCACUUGCGGUUGCUCUGUCCAUAAUCGCAAUUAAAACAUCGUCGCAGACAGUUUUUCUAUCUGAUUUUAUACAACCUGGCGUACGGGGUACGGUAAAUCAUAGAUCAGCCUUUACACAACGAACUCGCGGAUGCACAGACAAAAAUCAUCAUUUCAGCAACUCCGCGACUGUUAAAUUUACCAUCAGCAUUUAUGCAACGUCGCACUCAUCAGCAUUUCGUGCAUCAGCUUUCACCCAACGUAGCACUUGCGGUUGCUCUGUCCAUAAUCGUAAUUGAAACAUCGUCGCAGUCAGUUUUUCUAUCUGAUUUUAUACAACGUGUAUACAGGGUACGGUAAAUCAAUGAUCAGCCUUUACAGCACAGCGCACUCACAAAUGCACAGACAAAAAUCGUCAUUUCAGCAACUACGCGACUGUUAAAUUUACCAUCAGCAUUUAUGCACCGUCGCGUUCGGCAAAUCAUUGAUAUUUUUUUUCGCAACGACAAACAGCGUCACUGAAGCAACGAUGCGAAAGUAUUUAGUAUCAUGGUUGUGGCAAAAAAAGCAAUGUCGUAUUUGCGGAUAGUAUUUUAAACAUCGAUAUUUAAGUAACGUCGCGGACGGUAUAUCAACAUUUCAACAAUUAUGCGAUUUGGUGGACCAAGUUUAUAAUUGUUGUGUCUUCAUAUCGUAUACGACACUCUUGUCGUAGUCGCUGCGUGUUGUCAUGUUGCCUAUACAUUUGAUUGUCUACGCGGCAGCUAUGUGGAAAGGCUCAUAAUAUAUUCGGUUGUGAAGAAUUUCAUUAUUCGUUCGCAUAUCUCACUACUGUCACUUCAUUGCAAACUGUUUGCGAGGAGAAUGCAAAAACUAGUUUCUUUCUUGUAUUUACCUUAGAAGACAUGAAAUAUUAUACUAGUACCAAUCUCUUAUUUCUCAUGUCUUCUAUGUUCUAAAUGUUUCUUUAUGUAUAAACUUUGCAUACUACUGCCGAAUACUGAAAAAAUACAUUAUCAUAAUUACCUAACCGGUGGAAUUUGUGCCAGUUAAUAUGGUCCGAUCUAUAAUCUAUAAUAUAUAUCAAGAAUGUUUAAGAACACUUUAAAAAUAUUAUGAAAACUUUUACUGAAAAUGAUGUUAAAUUUAGUAACCUUUAUGUAUUUGUUCCUUUUGAAGUAUUUCCAUUAAAUUGACCUAAAGCAAGUUGCUUAGUGUUUAUCUUAACAGUUUAGUUUUCAGUAUUCGGCUAGCAAGUUAUAGAAUCUAUUAUGAUUAAGAGUUAGGAUAAGAAAAGAAAUGACAUUCCCAAAUUACUUUAAUAAAUUCACAAAUUAUUUAUUUUUUUGCACAUGGUGUGAUCUAAUAUUUUAUUUAUAUUUAUUUUGUUCACUAUUAAGAUUUUUACACAAUGUUUACCAAAGAAUUAUCCAUUUGUUUUUUUUAAGAUUUUUUAUAUUGUUUAUUUUAAGAUUUCGUUGUUUGUUUAUAAUGUUUAUUGGUAAAUGGGGGUAUUUAUCGAGAACAUUGGGGUACCAACUUCCAAGAGUUUUCGAUUGUGGCUAGUUUAAGACAAUUCCUUUAGGUAUCGCUAGAAUGUAAGUUAAACUAUAUAUUUCGACAUGGAACAGCAUAGACAGUAACUCUAUGGGUUCAUUGUUAAAUAAAGAACAAUAAUCCUGAAAUUAUUGUUUUCAAGCAAUAAAAAAUAUCUUAGUCGUUAGUGACUUGAAAAAUGGAAGAAUGUCCUUAAGAGUAAGUUUUCAAGUAUAAUAUUUGCACGUGAAUCUAUUCGGAGUGAAUUUCUCCCAGUUUUAGCUGUCAAUUGUUACCCACGCUACAGACUUUUCAACUACGCAGUUUUAACUGUACAGUUGUAUCUAAUCGAAAUUUCAAUAAAAUCAGAAAAUAACUUCACAGUUAAAACUGACGUACACGUAGGAUUUAACUGAACAGUUCGGCUGUUCAGUUAAAACUAAGCGUUAGUUACCACUACAUUUGGCUACUGGCAAACAACUGGCUGUACAAGCGAUUAAGCGUUCCGCUACGACGUUGUGUAAAAACCGAAAGGGGUGUGGAUUUUCACCCUACUCCUAACAAGUUAGCAAUCCAUCUUAGAUUGUAUCAUCACUUACCAGUCAAGUGAGUUUGUAGCAAAGAAUGAAAAAAAAUAACUUGUGAUAAAGUUAAUUUGAGAACUUACUCUAAUCGCUUAGCUCUUUGCAGUGUGUGCCGAAGCAUUUUUCAAGUUGUGGCAAUAAAAAAAUAUAUAAGAAUAGUGAUUCUAAUAAUUCCCGUAGUGCAGGUUAGUUCACACAAAUUUAUUUUUUUACAUUAUAGAAUCCAGUUUUGUGAAUUUAAUAAGUAGAUGUGUUUAGUGUUAAACUAGUGUAUAAUGGUGCCAAAUUGGGAAAUGAAUACAAGGAAGUAACGAGGAUGUCGCUAUCGAAUUCAUGUUUUUACAAAUCUUAGCUAGGUAGACAUUCGAGAAUUUAAAUCUUUUCUAAAUAAAGUAGUGGGGAAUCUAGUGGGCGCCUUAUUCGUAUUACAACAAUAUAAUAAAAGGUCCCGACUUUUGCAAGUUCAAUUCAUGCUUCAUAAGGUCCGAGGCUCACAGGAUCAUCAUCAUUAACAGCCCAUACAGGCUCACUGUUGAGCACGAGUCUCCUCUUAAAUGAGUGGAGUUAGGCCUUAGUCCACCACGCUGGCCCAAUGCGGAUUGGCAGAUUUCACAAUCGUAGAGAAUUAGAAAAUUCUCUGGUAUGCAGGAAAACGAUGAAAGAAAAAUAUCGUCAGGAAACACCUGAGAGGGCCAGCGUGGUGGACUAUUGGUCUAAAAAUUCUGAGAGGAGAGUCGUGCUCAACAGUGAGCCGAAUAUGGGUUAGUAAUGAUGAAGUAUGGUAUACUUCCAAUCGACACGAAUAUGGCGGCCACUAGCUCUAGUCCAAUAGUUAUGAUCGAGCCACAUUGAAGAGCUAAUUAUGUAAUUAAUACGAACAGGUAAAUAAAUAAAUUAGAUGUUAUAAAAUAUUUUUGAUGGGACAAAAUAUCCGAUGUCGCCGUGUUGCGGAUAACAGAUAAUAUUUUAAUAUUUAAUAGUGAUCGAUGUUAUUUCAUAUACCCAUUGAUUAAUACACGAGUGAGGGUUAAUGUUCGAAUUAUUUUAUAUGAAUAAAAUUAAACAAAAAUACAUAAUAUACGAGUAAAUAAUACAGUUUGCCUACGCUUUUCAGUAUUUUGCAAAUUUCUAUAGUAUACUAUGUUACUUUGAAUUUUUAGAAAAUACAUUAUGUUAAAAGACUCAAGUCGGACCUAAGUACCUAAGUAGGUACUCACGACCGACCUUAGAGUCUUUUUUAGUUAAGUUAAGAAGACUUUGUUUAAAGUAUCUUGAUAGUUGUACUUUAAAUGUGUUAAUGUGUGUGUUUAAAACACUCAAUUUUUUGACAUUUUAAAUGUGCUCUAUUUAGUACAAUGUCUCUAUUUAGUACAAUUAUCAAGCUACUUUAAACAAAGUCUUCGUUAAGAUGUUAUUUUCUAAAAAUGUUGUAGUUUCCAUCAGUAUUUAUAAAUACAGAUUAUGUUUUAAGUUAUUCCGCUAGUAAAAAAAAAAUGCAAAAUAUUGGAGUUUUUUUUGUGGGUUUUGGUCUAAAUUGCUUAAAAUCGGAAAAAAAGGGAAUAGAAUUCGGACAUUAACCUUAACAGAUACAUGUAGUACGGUUUGAAAGUUCUAAUCUAUUUUUGAUUAAAAUAAAAUUAUUAUAUAAGGAAUCGUUAGAAUUAAGAUUUUUCCCAAAUUCAUUUCAAGCAGCAUUCUGAUGUUGUUUUUUAUGUACUUACCUACUAUGCUUUAAUUUUUUUUAAUAAUUUAUUAUUAAAGUAAAAAAAGUGGUGUUUUGUCACCACAAAUCUAAUUUUAUUAAUCUAAGUGAUUUGCAUAUUUUGAAAAAAUGAUUUCUUUAUUAUCUGUUGGAUAGAAAUGCCAUUUAUGUUUUGAGGCCAGGAUUUGAUUCAAGGUCGUUAAAAACUUAUGUUUUGUUUUUAUAUAUUUUUGACAUUUUACGUAAUAUACGUAAUUUUAGUUCAAAAGCAGAGUAGGCAUAGCCUUUUUGUAAAGAAUUAUAUAUGAGUUUGGGUUUUUGGUUUGUCCCGAAAUAUUUAUAGCGCAGCUUUUGUAGUUUUAUUUACACACGUUUUUUUUUUCGUUUAGUGCUAGGUUAUUCUUAUUUACUUUUGUGUGAUACAGUUUUAAGUAUCUUAGAGAGCUCUUAUAAGACUUAUAAAUAAUAAUUAAACUUCGUGUUACUAAAAUUAAGAUUUGGAUUGAAAUGGGUUAGAGUCUGGCUAAUGAAAGUCUGAAAUCGCCUGAAUCGCCCGCCAAAUUUAAAAAAAUAUUUAAACUAAUUAAAAAACAUGCAUUUUCAAAAUUUUUUUUUUGUUUGAGAGUACAUUACUACCUCUAAAUACAUAUUGAACUCAGGUAUACCAAUAUUUGCACUAUAAUUUUCAGAAUUUACUCCGAUUUUUUUUUUCAUUUGGAGGGCGAUUUCAGUCUCUACUUUCAUUAGCCAAUCUCUAAAUAAUAAUGCAUCGAAAAAUGGGAAAAUCGUACAACAAACAAAGUAACAAAAUGUUAUGACAUGUUAGUAUGUUGGUCAGGCUUCACAACAAUAUUUUAAUCGAUGCCAAUGACACGUUUGUUUAUUUUACAUUUUUACGGCUCUCUAUGGCAGGGUCUUCAUUCUCUAUGACUGUGUAUAAGUGCAAAUCACAUUAUUGUAUUGUUAUUGUAAUUAUCAUAAUUAUUUUAUGCCUAACACCUUCACAGUUUAUUGUCUAUGAAUUGAAUGGCAGAUGUUAUGCCUAGUUUCGACUACUUGAGUAUUUUAGUCGAGUACGAACGAUUUUUGGGCGGUAAAUCCAAAAAUUGUAAAAAUGUAAACAUAAGUAGUCUGAACUAGGCCUUAUUUUCAGUUCGACAGCACGUCUUUCUGAUAAUAGAUUGUAAAAAUUGUGUAAAAUUGCUGUUGAAAUUGUAUAAUUAUAAGUUUCGAAUUCGUCUUUAUUUCAUACUCAUUCUAACGCGCUGCCAUAGAUCAUACUAACACGAUACCAUAGACAAUAUUAUUGCACAAUAGUGUUGUUGUAGCUCUGGCCAUGUUACAUAUCGAAUUUCUUUCUACAAACGUUAUCGCUUCGAAAGUUGAAAAAAUGGAUGGGAGACACAUUCGUUAUCGAUAAGUCACGUGAUCUAAUUUCAUUCCCAUAGGUACAUGUUUUUUUUUUCGAAGCGUUAGCUCUUAUAAAAAGAGAAUCGAUGUGUAACGUGCCAAAAGUGGCAGAACUAAUACCUAAAAAAAGUGUUAAAAUGGACGACAACUCAUAAUGUACUGUUUUUACACUUAUCCAUAGAAAAUCAAGAUCCUGUUCAAAAAUAAAAUAUUUUUUCUAAAUUAUUUAUGUUAAGGAGUUUUUUCACUUAAUUUUAUAUUUAUAUCGAACCAUAUAGAUAUCUUAGUUGCCCACCAAAAUAUUGAAAUCAUUCCAAAGCAAUUUUAUUAUUAAAUCUAUAUUGUGGUAUUAAUUUUUAAUGACAUAUAAUAAUUAUUAUUGAUAAUUAUGUAUUAUAUUAAUAUAUUUAAGCCAAAACUGUUGUACACGAAACUAAAAUCAGUUUUAAUGCUAUUCCGGUUACAAACAAACUAAGCUAAACCAAGUUUUCAAAAUUGUACUCACUUUUUCACAAGUUCUAUAGUCUUUCCACUUUCGCAAGACUAUUUAGCUUUGGAUAAAGUAUUAAGACCUGACCUGAGAUGUACCUACAUAAUAUAUUGACGGGUGCAUUGUGAAGGAGUAACACUGAGUAUCACUUAAGUUUUACAUAGUAUCGUAAUUUAAACAUUACGUUAUAGUACGAGAUCCGGUAUAAGAAAUAUAUAUCCUCAUCUGUUAUUUAUUUGGUAUGAGAAAUUAGUAAUAGGAAAUAAUCACACACAUUGCAAAUAGAUUGACUAGUAAACUUGCGGCCGGUUAAAUGGUUUUUAAUUUUAUAUUUUUUUUAAUCUACUUCCCUAUUGAUUAUUAAAAAAAUCAUACACCGUUAUCAUCGUUAAAAGAAUAUACCCAAUAGAAAUGAAAACGUAAAGGUUGCCUGCUUUCACAUUGCAACUGUGUUGCCAGAUAUAAACAGUUCAGUAAUGUUAUUUAUAUACCUUUAUCAGUUAUUUAGUCGUCUAAUAUGUCAAAUGAAAGCUUAUUUUAUGUUUAAUUUAUCUAUUCAGUUGCCUUUGAUCUGGUUCAUGGUUUUCUAUAUCUUGUUUCAAAGGUGUGUCUGGCCCCAAUUUAGACAUUGCGACCAGACACACACAUUUUACUAGGCAACCUAUUUGCAAUGUAUCACUGAAUAUUAUGUCAUUAAUUUCUUAUCACUAAUGAAUAACAGAUGAAUGUAUAUAUUUCUAAUGCCGGCUCUUAGACCAUUCCAAAUACUAAGACGAUAAUGCCGUCGAAUUACUGUUAAAUCCUAAGUCAAACUCCGUUUUUCGGAACGGGAAGAAGAACUAAACCUUUUACGAGUAACCUUAUAAUAUUUUACGAUUCAAAAUUCAGGAAAAUAAUACUAAGUUGCGUGUACAACAGAUAUGGUCGGUAGAUACCUUACUUAUUGUGAAGUGAGUAUAAUUCGAAAGGAAAUGUAAAGCUGUCGACAUUGUGAUUUGUUAAUUAAUGUAUCACGAUAAGUAUUAAAUACGUUUCCGAACCAAAUAAUUAUAUUAAAUAAAACAAAUAAAUCGGAA